UGCCUUCACAUAAUAGAGCAGUAGUUGUGGGGUAACAGAGUUUGCUCUUAUUUUUACUUUGACAGCUUUUGCAAGUUUUUUGGACAUGACGGCAUUCAAGGUUCUGUUUGCGCUUCUCCUGACUGCAGCAACAAUUGACAGUCAGUCUUUUCAUGGUGGCAAGUGCCCCAAGCCAUCUGUUCAAGAAGACUUCAACGUUACAAAGUAUAUGGGUACCUGGUACGAAAUUGAGAAGCUUCCAGCUGUGUUUGAAAGAGGAACAUGCAACCAAGCUACAUACAGUCUUCAGUCCGAUGGAACAGUCAAAGUUCACAAUGCGGAGCUCCUGUCUGAUGGGACGAUAAACUCAAUUGAGGGAGUUGCCAAAGUUAAAGACCCAUCUCAGCCUGCGGUUCUAAGUGUCAACUUCUUUAAAGGUGUUGCAGAUAGUCCCUACUGGGUGCUCUCCACAGAUUAUCAGUCCUAUUCUUUGGUGUACUCCUGUUCUGACUUCUUUGGAGUUUUUAACAUUGACUUUGCCUGGAUCCUGGCCCGCACUCGUACGCUGACUGAGGAUGUCAUCAAACAGUUACAUGAGAAGCUGACUGCUGCAGGUGUCAAUGUAAAUCGCCUUGAAGUCUCCAACCAGACUGCUUGUGAUGUUAUGGUUAUGACCUGACCUGACAUGACCUCUAAAAAUUGAACUAAAAAACUACAAAGUGCUGAUUACCUGUUUGAGCUAUGAUAUAAAUGUGUUGCGUAACACUGAUAAAAUGACAGAAUAUGAUAAAUAAAAUGUAAACACUUAAUAGAAGCUAAGCUACUCUUCGGUGCAUGACUUUUUUUUGCAUUCUGGCGAAGUUUAUUCACUUUUUUGCACCUUUUCAGUAUUAGCUUAUUGUGCAAAGGUGUUUAAUUUGACUAGAAACAGAAUAUCAUCCAUCUAACAGCAUGAAUGCAACUUUAAAUACUGUCAAAA